UGGGCUCCCUCUGCUGCGCUGCCUGGUGUGUUUGUCAACCUGUGUCUGUCGUUCAUCGUAGUAACAUGUCCGCAGGCCAUCGUUUCGCCGACACUGACUCGCGACGUUCCUCCACGUCACUUUGAGCACAACCAGUUCCGUCUACCCCCACGCUGUUCCCACUCAGUCACAGUGCCGCUUUUUUUCUCAUCCGAAUGAAGACCACACUGCUUCUUCGCUCGUUCACGAGAGAAAUCUGCUCACCAGCCGGUCUAUUCCACCUGCAGUGAAGAACAUCGCAAAAUGGUGGUUCCUACAUUUUCCCGUCCCCAAACGUCUUCUUCGGCGACCAAGUCGCCAGUGUCGUUGAAGAAACGUGGGACGAGUCCUCCAAAAAGUCGGGAUUCUCCUUCGGGUGAUUCCCGUGAGAAAGCCGGCACGAGCAACGCGGAGCAGAGUGACGGUAGGCCGCAUCCUUUGACUCCGCUCCCUCCAUGUCCCCCUGCGCUAGCAAAUGUUUGGUUUUUGAGGAAGCAAGCACAUCAUCUCAGCAGCGCUGUCGCACCGCGGCCUCACCCUGAUUCCUCUUCUGACGUCGAGGGUUUCCCGGAAAAUGGCAACGGGGUGUGUGGCCCGGCCUCUGGGGGUCUCGAUGCCGCUCCUCGGUUAGCGCGGGGAGAUUCGUCCCAGCCAGACGACGAGGAACUUUAUUUUCGACAAAGAGGCGCAGAGAACUUUCUGAGAUUUCAUCCCAUGUACGAGUGUAUUCGCGCUCUGGGUCACUCGGCGCCCGGCGGUGUGGAUAGCCCAACGGCUUCUCCAUCUCGUGCCUCUAAACCCAAUUUUCAGCCGUUCUCUGAAAAGAACGAUAGCGCACGCUGUGGCACAGAGCGAAGCAAGUCUGGGACAGAAAAAAGGAACUGUCUGUUCUGGGUUCUUGACCAGUUUUUGGACGAUUCAGAUUCCUAUGAAAUAUGGGACUGGGAGGGAGCCGUGGACGACACCAACAGAAGCUGCCAACGCCUGGGAGCGCAAAAAAUCGAUUAUCGCUGCAUGGUCGGCAUUGUCACGCGCCUUUAUAAAGAGCUGCUUGAAACCUCCGAAAAGAACCAGGCGAAGCUGAACCAACUAAAGAAACUGAGCCACAACAACGACCGUCAACAGAAUGAUGCAGGUGGCGGAAGAGCCAUCCAGAGACUCCUCUCCGAUGAUACCGAUGAGCUCCAGGAUACCGUUGCUGUACCAGAAUUCCUUGCUAAAGGAGCUUGGAAAAAGGCAGCUUUCGACACCGUAAAGAAAAAUCCACAUAUGGCGCCAAAGGGUACACAGCCAAAACUCCUGAAUAGCUCUGGAGUGUGCGGCACCCUCCCUAAUGGAGCAUCAAAAGCUGCCAAAGGUAACGUUGAGACCGUAAGCAAAAAUUCAAUGAUAGCACCAAAGGGUGUCCAACCGAAGGUCCUGGAUACUGAUAUCCCAGCUAAAGGAACACAGACGGCCGUCGGGCUGGGAAGCGUAAACACAAGUCUACAGAUCGCACCGAAGGGUAUACAGCCUAAACUCCCGAAGAGCGCUCCGUCAACCAUCAUUCCCGCUAAAGGAGCACCGAAACCCGUCGGACUGGGAAGCGUAAAGAAAUGUCCACAGAUCGCACCGAAGGGUAUACAGCCUAAACUCCCGAAGAGCGCUCCGUCAACCAUCAUUCCCGCUAAAGGAGCACCGAAACCCGUCGAACUUGGAAGCGUAAAGAAAUGUCCACAGAUCGCACCGAAGGGUAUACAGCCUAAACUCUCGAAGGGCGCUCCGUCAACCAUCAUUCCCGCUAAAGGAGCACCGAAACCCGUCGGACUGGGAAGCGUAAAGAAAUGUCCACAGAUCGCACCGAAGGGCAUAGAGCCUAAACUCCCGAAGGGCGCUCCAUCAACCGUCAUUCCCACUAAAGAAUAUCCGAAAUGUCCAUGA